AUGCUCAGAUGUGUGGCAGACGUUAAUUUGAGUAGUUCGGUGUUCUUCAUGGAAUGUAAAAAACGAAAAGAAAAUUUACAUGACAGCGCAGACAUAAAGUGUCAAUCUCAAUUAAAGUCGACAAUUCUCAGACAAAUCAAUCUUUUCUCGUCAAGCUUGCUGCAGACUAGCCCGAUUGUAGGUAGAUUGAGAAGCACUCAAAUAAAUGUCAUAAAUGACAUUAAAAAGAAUCACGGAAAAGUUAAAAAUGAUGGCAAAAGAAUAGAAUUGUUUAUUAUGGUUUGGGCAAAGAAUAAACGAAAAAAAAAAACUGAGUGUAAAAGUCGGUUAUCUUCAAGCAACCCAAUGUGCCCUGAGAUUCGUUAUCAGAAAUGUUGA